UAUCAGUCUCUGAUUCGGGGCAGCUGCUUCUGAGCUUUCUCAGCAUGAACUGCGUCUCAGACUUCUUCACCUAUGAGACCACCAAGUCAGUGGUGGUAAAGAGCUGGACCAUUGGGGUCAUCAAUCGAGCUGUGCAGCUUCUCAUCAUCUCUUACUUUGUGGGGUGGGUGUUCUUACAUGAAAAAGCAUACCAGGUACGGGAUACAGCCAUUGAGUCUUCAGUGGUGACCAAGGUGAAGGGCUUUGGACACUAUGCCAACCGAGUCAUGGAUGUAUCUGACUACGUGACCCCACCCCAGGGGACCUCUGUCUUUGUCAUCAUUACCAAAUUGAUCAUCACUGAAAACCAGAGGCAAGGAUUCUGCCCAGAGAAUGAAGAGAAGUAUGCCUGUACCACAGACAGGGACUGCCGGGCCGAGAGUUUCACUGGUGGAGGCAUUCUCACUGGCCGCUGUGUGAACUAUAGCUCGAAGCUAAAAACCUGUGAAAUCCAAGGCUGGUGUCCUGUGGAGGUUGACACAGUGAAGAUGCCUGUCAUGAUGGAAGCCGAGAACUUCACCAUCUUCAUCAAGAACAGUAUCCGCUUCCCUCUCUUCGACUUUGAGAAGGGAAACUUGCUACCCAACCUCACCUCUGCAGACAUAAAGAAAUGCCAUUUCCACCCUGAAACUGCCCCCUUCUGUCCCAUCCUUCGGGUGGGCGACGUGGUCAAGUUUGCCGGACAAGAUUUUGCCAAGCUCGCCAACACUGGAGGAGUCCUGGGCAUCAAGAUUGGCUGGGUCUGUGACUUGGACAGGUCCUCAGAUCAGUGCAUCCCCAAAUAUUCCUUCACCCGGCUUGAUGGUAUCUCUGAGAAGAGCAGUGUCUCUCCUGGCUACAACUUCAGGUUUGCCAAGUACUUUAAGAUGGAGAAUGGCAGUGAGUAUCGGACACUCCUGAAGGCCUUUGGAAUCCGUUUUGAUGUACUUGUAUAUGGAAAUGCUGGCAAGUUUAACAUCAUACCCACCAUCAUCAGUUCUGUGGCAGCCUUUACCUCAGUGGGAGUGGGCACAGUCCUCUGCGACAUCAUCCUGCUUAACUUCCUAAAGGGUGCAGACCAAUACAAAGCCAAGAAGUUUGAAGAGGUGAAUGAAACAACUCUGCGAUCUGCCGCUUCUACCAACCCCAUGUAUCCCAGUGACCAGACCCUGGAGGGCAGAGAGGAAAAGCAAUCCACAGACUCUGGAGCCUUCUCCAUUGGUCACUAGGCCUCCUCACACCAGUUUAUCAUUAACCUCAUGCCCUAGGAAUCGAUACCUCAUAACAGUGGACCUUCCACUGGGGAGGAGGGGGAAAGGGGAAGAGGCUCACUUUAGGAGUGGCAAUAACCCAGACCCAGUUCCCAGACUUCCCAGUGUGCCAGCCAAUCGGCAGUGCUCCCUGCUAGGGCUGUGCACAAUCUCAUGGAGAGUUUGUUACCCUCCAAGGCUUCUUCCGUCAUACCACUCUUCCCAUCUCAGAAGCUGAAGUCUUUCUCAUGCCGCUGCCUGAGAACACCCUUGAUCCCCUUCCUCAUUGCAUAUACUCAUGUGUAAAAUAUCUCUUUGGUGUGAUUGUGAUAUUGUCUUCUGUGUAUCCACACUAAAUGAUUCCCUGCAUGUCAUGAAGGUUAUUAUGAGCUCAUUGUGAAAAGAAGCAAAGAAGAAAAACUGGUGCCCAAGGUGGACCCCUGGAACAAUAAUGAAGUUUGUUGACAUAUUCCCACCUUCUCUCUCAGGUCAUUCCCUUACUUUAGUUCCUCCUUAUUGUCUCCAGGAUAAAAAUAUAAACUCCUAAGUCUGGCAUUUAAGAAACAUUGCCUCCCUUCCCAGCUUUAUUUCAUAUUACUCCUUUUUACACACACUACAUUCCAGCCAAACCAGAAUAUUACCUAUUGCCUCCACUUGGCAUCUUGUCUCCUACCUCUGGUCCUUCAUACAGGCUGCCUUGUUUGUGUGGAAUACACUCACUCCUUAUCUCUGCCUCUCAAUGUUUUUGCUCUUCAAUGCUUAUCUUGGGUGACACCUCCACCAUUAAGCCUCCCUUGAUCCCCUUCCCCCCAA